UUUUAUACUUUGAGAGACAAAAAAAUGUCCCUCAAGGAUGAGGCUGAAUCUGUUUCUGAAAAUGAAGCUGACGAUGAAGCUGAAUCAGACACCGAUACACUCAAGGAUGUAAGGCUCCGCAAACCAAAAGCCAAAGAUAAAGCAAUUAAGAGCGAUAAGAAAAAGAAAGGUAAGGAUUGCAAAGAAAUUGCUGAGCAAAGUGGGAGCUUUAUAGGGUCCUGUGUGAGUCACAUACUUAGGACAACAUUUGAAAAUGAGUACGAUGAAAAAGUCGUGGAAGCCAAGCCAAAAAGCAAACAAAGUCUUCAAGGAAGUGUUAAAUCUUUAAGCGUUCGUGAUGAAAAAAAAGAAGCCUUGCAAGUUGAACAGAGUUUAGUGAGGACCGAUUCUCUAGGCGAUGAUUCCAAAAAAAAGGGUAAGACGACAUGCAUCUGA